AUGGCGCCCCGUUUAUCCGGUAGACUGAUACAGUCACCCAUAUCCCUCUGGAGCCCUCAACUGACCAAUCGCAAUAUUAAUGCCCCAAUCAGGGCAUUCGGCAUCCGGUCGUUAAACCCUCCCAAAACUUCCCGGUUCAAUGUUGGGCCUGACCUUCCAGUGCUUAAGUCAACGCCAACGGCGGCGUUGGAAAGGAAGGCAGCAACGCUACCCCCCAGAACUGGUGCCAUUGCCAUCAAGAAAGGGAUGACUGCCUUGUACGAUACAGAGACAGGGAAACGAAUUGCUUGCACUGUCCUUCAGUUGGACCGAGUGGAAGUCAUCUCGCACAAAACACGGCAACAGCACGGUUACUUUGCUGUUCAAGUGGGCUCAGGUUGGAAACACCCUAGUAAUCUUACCAAGUCACUCCUAGGGCAUUUCUCUGCCAACGGUGUUUCUCCGAAGAGGCAUAUCUUCGAGUUCCGAGUGCAGGACGAAAAUGGUCUCUUGCCCGUUGGCCAGGCAAUCAGCGCGAAUUGGUUCCAGGAAGGUCAGUACGUUGAUGCUCGGUCUAACACAAAGGGGAAGGGGUUCGCUGGUGUGAUGAAGAGACAUGGGUUUGGUGGCCAAGACCGAAGUCAUGGCGUUAGUUUAACACAUCGGUCGCUUGGUUCUGCGGGUCCUAGCCAAGGUGGUGGAUCUAGGGUAUAUCCUGGAAAGAAGAUGGCGGGAAAUAUGGGAAAUGAGCAGAAUACGGUACAAAAUUUAAGGAUCCUCAAGGUUGACUCGCAAAAUGGUAUAGUUGUUGUUAAUGGCGCUGUCAGUGGACCUAAAGGCUGCAUUGUCAGAAUUCAAGAUGCUAUCAAGAAACCAUGGCCCGAAGUCGUAUCUCUAUCUGAUUCAGCUGUAUAA